AUGAGACCGGAGCAGCAGCUUAACGACCUCAUCAGAACCUUCCCAGGCCCAGAUGCUAACACUACUGCUAUGAACCACCCGGGGCUCACUGAGAGCAAGGUCCAGCAGACUCUACAGUACUACGGCCUUGACACCCUUGGUGCCCAGUACCUUGCCCAAGACGUCCUCCAUUGUCGCAAGAACUACAAUUACUACAAGAUGCUUGCCGAGAAGGAGGGAAAAGUCUGGCCCCCGGAGGAUGUCAUAGAGAAUGGGAAGGCGGGACUGAAGGCGGAGCCCACCUCCAAGGCCAUCGUCAUGAUGUUGGGUAUGGGCAUCGUGCUGUUUUUGGUCAUUCUCUUCUUCCUUUUCAUCAAGGCUGGCGCCUGGCUUCACCCCCAGCUCUGA